GCACGGUAGCACCCAUCAGCACCGAAGUAUCAAACAUGGUUCUGCUCAAAUUUCUCAUAUUAACUUUAACUUUUUAUGAACUCUUUGUUAAUUUGGAAGCUGGAACUUGCCCAAAAGGUCACAGUCUGAGUCGCAAGGCAGAUUGUAAAAUCUGUCCUGAUGGAUAUUACCAGCCUGAAGAAAAUGACUCCUUAUCAUGUAGACCAUGUACAAUGUGUGAAGAACAUCGGGGGAGUGCUAUUGAACAGAAGUGCACGAAAGAGACAGACACAAAAUGUCAGUGCCGUGAAGGCUUUGUUCCCUGGGGGAGCGAUUCUUCCACCUGCAAAUGUGAUAUUGGAUUUGGACUAACAAAUGGAAAAUGUUCAAAAUGUGAAGUAGGAUUUUUCAGCAAAAGUAUCAACUCACCCUGUCAAAAAUGGAAAGAAUGCAAAUCAGGGGAGAAAAUUCCUGGAACCAGCAGCUCUGACGUCAUCUGUAUUGAGUUGAAGAGUAACCCUGAUAUCACUACACCCGACAUCACAUUCUUACCAUCCCACAGUCCACAUGAGGAGACCCAAGCUCAGAAUUUACAUACAACCACUACUACCACCACUAGCACCACCACCACCACAGCUCUUCCAGGACACACACUCAGCACAAAGAAAAACAGAGAUAUGCAGCCCCCCCCUUCAAACACAGGCAGCCACAUUGCUUGUUUGUCUUGUUCAGGCCUGGCUGUCCUCAUGUUUGGAAUUGUUGGACUGCUUGUUCUGACCGCUGUGACCUGCAAGCUGCACAUCACUCCCUGUGUGCAGAGAAAACCAGCAGUACAAACAAAGGACUCAUUGUGCCGGAGGCCGAUUGAGGAGAUUGGCGAUGGUAGUCAGUCCUCUCUCAAACAGAAUCCAGAGCCCUGAGGUGAAACUUUGCUUGACAUAAAUGUGUCAACUAAUACUGUGAACUUUUAGAUCUGAUAAUCAGCACAUGAAUAAUGUCACUCACAUUUUCCUUAUAUUGUUGGUUUCAUCUUAGAAAUACGUGAGAAAAACAAUUCACCGUAUAUGUACUGUUUGCUGUAUGCACAUUUUGCAGUGUGGUCAAUAUUUGACCUUUGUUCGUUCUGUUAUAAUAGAAUAUCAGGUGAUUUAUCUGAAAGAUGUGUAUGUAUCAUACCUCACUAUUUGUCAUUUUACUGUAAAUCAAUUUAAAGUGAAGUAGUAAAACAUAGCUUUGAAGCUGUUAUGCCUUCCUCAGUAA